AUGCUUGGACUGACGAAGGUCAAGAUCAAUGGUAGCUUUACCAAGGAGAUCUCGUCCUACGUGUAUCUCGGGCGUUCCAUGAAUAUGAACAACGACGUGAAGGAAGAUCCGGUGAGACGGCAGAAAGCAGCGUGGGCAGCGAAUAUGAACAACGACGUGAAGGAAGAUCCGGUGAGACGGCAGAAAGCAGCGUGGGCAGCGAAUAUGAACAACGACGUGAAGGAAGAUCCGGUGAGACGGCAGAAAGCAGCGUGGGCAGCGAAUAUGAACAACGACGUGAAGGAAGAUCCGGUGAGACGGCAGAAAGCAGCGUGGGCAGCGAAUAUGAACAACGACGUGAAGGAAGAUCCGGUGAGACGGCAGAAAGCAGCGUGGGCAGCGAAUAUGAACAACGAC